AGAUUCUCGUCUCCAUGGUUUUGAUUACAAAUGGCUGCUCCCAUACGUUUACACUAAGAGCUUCUGACCUAAUAAGUUUUUAGCAAUGCCUGGAGAAACCAAAAAAGACAAGAAGCAACAGGAAGAUGAUAAGCCAGUGAUCCAUUCUGGGGUCUACAUCUUCCCUAAUGGAGACAGAUAUGAGGGAGAGUUUAUCCACAGUGGUGAUGGAUCAGUAGAAAGGUCGGGUCAGGGAUUACAUACCACCACAGACGGAACUACUUACGAGGGCCAGUGGGGCUCUGAUAAGAUGAACGGACGAGGGAAACUGACCAAUCCAUCAGGGGCAAUAUACGAGGGAUCAUUCAAUAAUAACCAAUUUCAUGGCAAUGGCAAAUACACUUGGCCCAACAACUCUUAUUAUGAGGGUGACUUCCAGGAGAACAGAAUGGAGGGUGAGGGACAAUUCACCGACACAGAAGGCCAAGUAUGGGUGGGUACAUUCAGGUACAAGGCUGCUCCAGGACUCAAGUUCAAACUAAACCUAGACUGAUUAGUAUUGUGUCAGAAUCAUAAUGAAUAAACGUGAACUCUUUAUGAAUUGUGUGUUCUGAUGGUGAACAAUUCCUGGAUAAUGAUCAAGAAUCCCAUUUCUGAUUGUUUAAACGAGCUUGAAUUCAUAUUUGACUGAAUUUGUCUUGGUGAACAAGUUAUUAAGGAUGUUCUAGAAUCUAGUUUGGGAUAUUUAACAACUCAUUGACGCACUGCAGAUAUUUUAAACCAAGGUUUAUUGAAAUUGUCAGAGUUAUUAUUUCAUGGUGAACAUGUUAACUGACACAUAAUGUAUCAUUAGGGUGAAACAUCUUGGAUUCAAUUAUGUUUGUGAAGUCAUAUGUAGGUAGGAUACUGUUGAGCCUGUUUGAUCAUGGACAAAUCACCAAUGAUCAGGUUGUCCCACUACCUGAUAUCAAGCCGUUUUGCAGCUGUGGUUACGUGGAUAGAUUGACCUUUUCUCUGUGCGAAAUUUUCCUGGUAAUCCGCCAACUUCAACUCGAAACAAUGAUAGCAUGAUUAUAUGUGUACAUACAUGUAUAUGGUUACAUCUAUACUUGGUAACAACAUACAGGUAUGGUAUUCAUGGUAGUUCAUCAAAUACAAUUAUCAUUUUAUUUAGGACUAAAUACUACUUUCUUUUGUAAAAAGUUUAAUAUUUCAAUAUCGUAAUAAAUAAUGUGAUAUACAG